AUGUCGGGCCGCCUUAUGGCUGUACACAGUAUAGUAGUUAUUCUCUCUAUCUCUCACUCUCCCGCGUCUGCAACUCUUUCUGGACCCAACAUCGUCUCAGGUCUCAGGGACGUGGAGGUCAGAGACCCUGGCCCUGGAAGAUUCCUUGGACUGGUCGACCAGCUUAUCGUAGACGAUCCUCUUUGCUAUUCUUCCACAAAAAUCCCUACUGUGUAUCCCACCCCUCCCUUCCCAAACUCCGGGUACGCGCUCGUGAAAUUGGCUGGUCAAAGGAUGCUCGCCUGUCUGCUCACUCGGGACAGGCCCCCAUCCAUGACCCAUCGCGACGUCGAGAUCCGUCCAGAACCCACUCAGAUCGCCGACCCCACCGGGUACACGCCGCCCGCUGGAGUCGCCCUCCUUUCCGUGAUUAAGUUGCCGCCCCAACUCCAGCUGCUCUUCUGCUCGCUCCAGACUAUAUUAUCACUUCACGCCCGCUCGCCCUUCGUUCUUUACCGUUGGCUUUUCCCACCGUUCCCUUCAACCUUUCUCUUACCUUUCGCCUUUAUUUUUGGGUGCACUUGUUUCCACUCCUUCAAAAAAGUGUUUCCUCUCCCUGAAGGCUACAAACCAACAACCCCUCAUUCAAUCAUGCGCUACUCUCUCGCUCUGGGUGCCCUUUGCGCCGCUGGUGCCUUGGCCAACAAUGUUGACAAGCGUUCUUAUGUGACCGACUGGACCAUCGUCACCUUGACCACCACCAUCACCGAGUACCCUACUCCCACGGUCUAUGAGAACGUCGCCGCACAAGAGGCUUCUGCUGCUGCUUCUUCCUCCAGCGCCGCUGCCGUUGCCGCUGCCGCCGAGUCCUCCAGCUCUGCCGCUGCUGCUGCUGCUGCUGCCGCCUCUGCCUCUGCUGAGGCCUCUUCCUCCGCCGCUGCCGCUGCCGCCGCUGCUGCUGAGGCCAGCACUUCGUCUGUUGUCACUCCUGUCGUGGAGACCACCGCCGCUGCGACCACUGCUGCUGCUGCCACCACUGCCGCUGCUGAGGAGGUUGCUACUUCCUGGACCUCCGCCUGGACUUCCGCUUGGACUUCGUCCUGGUCUUCGGCUGCUGCGCCGACCACCACCCUUGCGACCUCAACCUCGUCCAGCGCUAGCUCGACCGCCACCAACGCUUACCAGUCCGCGGUUCUGUACAACCACAACGUCCACCGUAGCAACCACUCUGCUAGCUCCCUUGAGUGGUCUUCGGACUUGGAGUCGAGCGCCUACACCCUGGCCGCCAAGUGUGUCUAUGAGCACGACACUUCCAUUGACGGCGGUGGCUACGGUCAGAACAUUGGAUAUGGUGUUGAGUCUUCCGAAAUUGGCGUUAUGAUCACCAACCUCAUGUACAACGACGAGAUGGGCUACUACACCGACCUGUACGGCGAGGCCGACCCCGACAUGACCUACUUCGACAACUGGGGUCACUUCUCCCAGAUUGUCUGGGCCGCCACUACUCACGUUGGUUGCGCUACCGUCACCUGCGACAGCCUGGGUAACGUCGAUGCCUCCGAAGCCCUGCCCUUCACUGUUUGCAACUACAGCCCUGCCGGAAACUAUGAGGGAGAAUAUGGCACCAACGUCAAGCGCCCUCUCGGCCAAGCUGUUUACGUUGCGUCAUAG